AUGAGGCUAUCCAUCACCGUCCUCGUCGCCAUACAGGCGCCGAUAGGUCUGGCUCACGCUAUUCCUUUCUCUCCCAGCGAGUACCAUGAAGAGGAGAAAAAGCGAGAGACAUUUAGGGAACCCUACGAAAGAGACUCAAACAUCGAGCCCACUCGUCCCGAGACCGACAAAUACGAGUCUAAGGAACACCAUGGCGACUUCAAGUAUAGGCUCGAGCAUUACUAUCCUCACGACCACGAGUCCCAUCAUGGAUACAGCGUUGAGGAAAAGUACGAACCCAAGGAAGGCCAUACCAUCACCAAGGUCAAGGUCAGAAAGUACUAUCCCCAUGAGUAUCACGAGCAUGAGGAUGACUACGACUACAAGGACAAGCACAACAAUCUCGGAGAUGACCACGAUUACAACAGCUACAAAUCCGAGAAGCACCACUACGAGCACAAGAAGGACAAUGGGCCUAAGGAAAUUGACGCUUUCAAUGAUCAGUACGGCCUCAGCGAACAGGAUUUCGACAAAUACUUUACCAAAGAUCACCACGACCACUCGGAAAAGUAUGAGCCGGAAGAAAGCCCCGACUCUGAUGGAAGCAACUCCAAGAGAUGGCCCCCCGACAAUCCAUUUAACGGCCCUUCCUCCAGAUCCAAAACCCGGCCCAAAUUGCAGGAGUUUGAUCCAAACGAGGAGCAUACCCAUUCUUACAAGUUUAAAGAGAAGCCCAAAUACCCCGACCCUCCACCCGAAGUCGAAAAGUACAAUCCUAAGGAUGUCCAUGAGUUCAGUACGGAAAAUCAGCACGAUGAGGCUAUAUUCAAUCCCGGUUAUCACUCUCCAGAGAAAUAUGAAGCUGAAGUAGAGGAUGACAAGCUCUUCCACUUUAAGAAGCACGAGCAGGAGAACGACGAUCUCCACUACUUCGACAAGUUCCCAGGGAAGUACUUGCCGAAGCAUCCUUUCGAUGAAGAUGAAUCGAGAGAGACCGUUUCAAAAUCAGAGUACGACGGAGAAGAUGAUCCCUAUCAUCCUAUCGACGGCGAGGGCCAGUUCCACAACAGGGAGCUUUAUAAGAAGCCUGACUACGACAAGGAGGACCGCAAUCAGUAUCAUGAUGAUGACGAAGGAGAGCACCCCAAGCAUGAUCCUUCUCCCAAGGGUGCGGAUGAGUAUGGAAUGAAGGGGGUCUACGGGUUUAAGUACGAGUACCAUCCUGAGGAGAAAUCUUUCCUCUCAGAGGAGGCCUUUGAAAACCUCAAACAUGGCGAUUCUGACCAGCCUGAGAGUGUUUCUUAUAAGAAGUACCUCCCUAAGGAAGAGAAGAAAGAAAAAUGGUACCCCAAUGAGGCAGAGAAGUAUGGUUACAGGAAGUACGACCCCGAGGAAGACAACGACAAGCCCAACCACUCUGAUGAGAAGAGCCGCCACGCUAAAGAGGAGGACGACAAAGCCGACUACUCUAAGGAGGAUGGGGGCCAGGUGCUCAAGCAACUGUACUACCCAUCUCAUCACGAGCCCACGGAGAGCGCCAGGUUCUACCGCAAGCAAGAGGUUGGCCAUAAUGAUCACAAGUCCAACGAGCAGCGCUACUCUCGGAAGAAAGGUGAGCAUCAUGGCUACUACAAAGAACCUGGAUACGAGAAUGUUGUUCCAGGAUUCAUGUGGGCAGGUCCUGGAGCUGUUACCAAGGCUCCUUGUGCAAAGAGGGAGGGGUGUCCCCGUGGACAUUGGCACAUGUUGGAGCCCAAGAACGGAGAGCACAGACGAAUUGGGAUAACCGGAACCAACAUCGUCAUCGAGCCCGACUACACAAGACACGACUAUAGGGAGGAUACGAUGAACCACGUUUUGCCAGGCUACGAGAAUGUUAUCCCGGGUUUCGAGUGGGCAGGAAUUGGCGUCGUUACUGAAGUCCCCUGCCGUAGCGCCGCGGAUUGUCCUGAGGGAGGUUGGUUCAUGUUGGCACCCAAGCUUGGAGAACACAGACGCAUUGCCAUGAACUACCCCAAGACUCCUGGCACACACCAUCCUCGUCCGGCCUCUGAGCCUACUGAGUACAAGGCUCGCUCACCUGUUGGACUUGAAGGUUUAGUGUACGAGAAUGAUCACGAAGACUACAGCAAUGAGAGAGAUUACAAACUUAUCCACCGUCACUCGGGAGGCUUGGCCAAGAGGAGUAUUGAGGCGAGAGCACCUUGCAAGAAGAAGCCGCCCAAGGAGGGGAAGCCCAAAGAGGUCAAGAAGAUUGACCCCAACAAGCCACUCCCCAGGCUCAGUACCGUUCACCUCCUGAAUAUUGAGAAGCUCAGUGCCUGGAAACGAGAAGCACUCAUAGCCGCUAUGCCCAUGAUGGAUGACGAGUUCAAGAUGGAGUUCCUUACUUUCCAAGAACUGACUCCCGAGUUCAUCACCAAACUCAACGAGCUAUAUGCCGUCCUUCUGGAAACCGCCGACGGCAGGAGAAUCAUUGAAUUCAUCACCAGGAGACCAAGAUACGUCCCCACAAGUAAGAGGUCGGCACGGGAGCUUAGCGAAAAGGAAAUCAAGAGGAUCGAAGAACUGUCUCCGGUAAUUCGUCAAAUAGUUGCCAAGAAGCUCGACUUUGAUCCCAAGCUUACACUGGAAUUGGCCAAUGCCGAGGAGCUGUCGGAUGACUUGAUCGAAAAGCUCAACAAAGAGUACGCCCGCGUGAUUAACGACCCCAAGUACGCGAAAAUCCUUGAGAACUUCCUGCCCAAGUCCAAGAGAGCAGAGCCUAAGCUUUCCAAGGAGAUGAUCAGCAAGAUCGAGGGAUUGUCUCCGGCCACGCGUAUGAUGGCUGCCAAAAAGCUCGACUUUGAUCCCAAGCUAGCACUCGAGCUGGCCAAUGCCGACAAGUUUUCCGAUGAUCUAAUCGAGAAGCUCAACAAGGAGUGGGCUCGUAUAUCCAGCGAUCCCAAACACUUGAAAACUAUCGAGAGAUUCACGUCCAAGCUCAAAUCUAAGAGAGCAGAGCCUGAGCUUUCCAAGGAGAUGAUCAGCAAGGUCGAGAGAAUGAGUCCCUCUAUUCGUAUGGUGGCUGCCAAAAAGCUCAACAUGGACCCAGAGCUUACAACUGAGAUGGCAAAUGCUGAGAAAUUCACGCCUGAGCUGAUCGAGAAACUCAACAAGGAGUGUGCUCGUAUCAGCAAGGAUCCCAAAUGCAAGGGCCUUCUCGACAAGAUCGGUUUCAAGCACAAGCGAGCCGAUAAGGCCCCCCAACUCAGUAAAACACAGAUUGUGAAGCUCGAGGAACUGAGUCCCAUGAUCCGCAAGAAGGCUGCGAAGAGGCUUGGCCUGGAUGAUAAACUCUCGACUGAGCUGAUCAACACCAAAAAGUUCACGCCGGAAUUGAUCAAGAAGCUCAACAAGAAAUACGCCCUUCGCUACGAACAAUAUAAGAAGGAUAAGGUGAUCGUUUCCAAAAGCAAGCGGCAACACAUUCCCAGACUCACUCGCAAACUCACUGACCAACAACUCGACAAAAUAUCGAAUAUGAGCGAGUCUGAGCGUCGUUUCAUUGCCGUGAAGCUUAACUUCAAGAAGAAUCUCGCCGAUGAAUUCAUCAAGAGCGAACAAUUCACUCCACACCUUGUUAAAAAGCUCAACGAGGUGUACAGCCAGAUUUACGGAGGCCACAAGUACAACGAACUUAUCGACCGUUUCAGUACCAAUUUCAAGCGCCAGGUUUCUCCUGACUCGAAGGAGAAACAGGAUGAAGACAAGCUGGAUCCUGAGGAGCUGAAGGAGCUCGCAAAGAAGGUCCGCGAGAAGAUCACCAAAGAACUGAAACCUGACGUGGAUCUUGAUAGCGAGUUUCUUUAUGCCAAGAGGAUCACAGAAUCAUUCAUUGAGAAGCUUACCGACCUAGCUCGUGAUGUUCUCGUUGAUCUGAAGUGGGAGGAAAUUGUGGAGGAUAUUCUCGAUGAAGAUAACGCUCCAGAAGAGAAGAAGAAUUCCGAUGCCCAGAAGGUGACGGAGAACAUCGAGAGCUCCCCCAGCGCCAAUUCGACAAGCUUGCCAGAGUUGCAACUUGAGAGUGAUCAAGAGAUGACAAAGAUCCCGGAGGAGCAGCCCACCGGCAACGAGAAUGUGGAAAAAAGAGAUCUGGAUGAGAAGCUUGAACAGUCGAAGAAGAAUGGAUGGUGCGACGAGUUUCUUAGCACGCUGAAAGAUACCUGGGAUGAGUCUGUGGACGAAGCUCUCAAGAAGACUGAAGAGAAGGAGGAUUAG